AUUUUGGGGCAUUGGGAAUAUCCAAGGGAAUCUGCACUGUCUCUCUGCACUCCUUGACUCAACUUGAACUCGGAGAAAAAGGGAGGAAAGAUCGUUCAAACGGAGAGAAACGAAGCAUCAGCCAGCCAACCAGCUCUUCUUCAUCGGCAGAUGAUGACAUGCUCUUGUUUCUUACAUGGGUCGGGCUAAAACUUCACAGGCUCUUUCAAUCCCAGCUGAAGAUUUACAUUAUGACCUGCCAACUUGCGAACCUGUACCUGAUAACAAAUGUGAUUGCUUUUUUCCCCUCAGGCACAAGGGAAAAAUCUGCGCUGCAGAACCCCCCCACUGUAGUCAGCAGAGUAACGGUAUUGGCUGGUGUCGAUUUUUCUGUAUUUUUUUUUAUAAUGGUGUCCUCUGUCCUGUGACCAAAAGGAAAAGGAGAGACCAGAAAAUCUGAAACGCUUUUGUCUUCCUCGUAAAGCUCUCUUUUUUUCUCUCUCUCAUGCACUCUCUCAUCCUCUGUGUUUUGUCCCCAAGCUGUAACAUUUCUAGGGGGUCGUAAGAUAUUGCUCGUUGGGUCUCUCAGCGCUCCCCCUCUCUCUCUCUCUCUCUCUCUGUGGCGUUUCAAAUUUGAAUGCCGUUUUGGCCACUCGUCUCUCUGUGAUCUUUCUUUAUUAUUUUUCUGGUUCACCCGGUGAAACGUGAAAUUACCCUGUCUUCGCGCCCGCGUCUCGCUCGCUCUCCCUUUGACCGCCUCGGUCACACCCCACAUUGAAUCUUGACCGCCACCACCAGCCCCCCAGACCCAACCCCCCACAGCCCAAUAUAAGGGAAAACCCUUCUCUCUGUACCUCCGUCAAGCGCUCCCUUGGCGUCCUCAGCAGCAAAAUGAAUAAAGCAUCACAUUGCGGUGGAGGUGUCGAGGCUCAGUCCCUCGCGGCUGGCCUCCGAGAUCUCAGCUUCAGCAACAGCGUCAGCCUCGGCUUGUGCAGCAGCACCGUUUCCGGGUCUGAUCACAGCGUUGGCAAUGCUGCUCUAGAUGCCACCAAGAGCAGCGACAGCUUGGCCCGUGAGCGGUGGAGUAAAUCGAACAGUUUCAAUGCGAGCGACUCCAGCUUCAGGACUGGCUGCCCGUCGAAACCGCAUCGAGGGAACGAUAUCCGGUGGGAUGCGAUACAAUGCGUCAAAGGGAAAGAGGGUGGCUUGGGGCUGGGCCAUUUCAGGCUCUUGAAGAAGCUGGGUUGCGGAGACAUAGGGAGCGUGUACUUAGCGGAGCUUAGAGGGAUGGGUUGUCUAUUUGCAAUGAAAGUGAUGGAUAAGGGAAUGUUGGCAGGGAGGAAGAAGUUGGUGAGAGCUCGAACGGAGAGAGACAUUCUGGGCUUGUUGGACCAUCCCUUCUUGCCGACGCUGUAUUCGCAUUUCGAGACCGAGAAGUUCUCGUGCUUGUUGAUGGAGUUCUGCAGCGGUGGCGAUCUCCACACACUUCGGCAGCGCCAGCCGGGGAAGCAUUUCACUGAGCAAGCUGCGAGGUUCUACGCAUCUGAAGUGCUUCUCGCCCUCGAAUAUCUACACAUGAUGGGCGUGGUUUACAGGGACCUGAAGCCCGAGAAUGUCCUUGUGAGAGACGAUGGCCACAUAAUGCUGUCCGACUUCGACUUAUCACUCCAGUGCUCCGUGAGCCCCACUCUCAUCCAGUCAAGCUCGGAGUAUCCAUGUAGGAUCUCCGCAUACUGUAUCGAGCCUGCAUGCAUCGAUCCGGCCUGCAAACUACCCGUUUGCGUCGAGCCUAAUUGCUUGCAACCAUCUUGCUUCAAACCCCGUUUCUUAAGCACAAAGCCACCAAAGGCAAAAGGUGAAAGGAUUGGCUUAGUAAGUUCAGAUUCGCUCCCUCAACUUAUUGCGGAGCCCACCAAUGCCCGCUCUAUGUCAUUUGUCGGGACACACGAAUAUCUGGCUCCUGAGAUAAUCAGAGGGGAUGGUCAUGGGAGUUCUGUAGAUUGGUGGACGUUUGGUAUCUUCCUGUACGAGCUGCUACAUGGGAAAACGCCCUUCAGAGGCAAUGGAAAUCGCGAGACCUUGUUCAAUGUGGUUGGGCAGUCUCUGAAAUUCCCGGAGGGGCAUGCGGUUAGUUUUGCCGCUAAGGAUUUGAUCCGGGGCCUGCUCGCGAAAGACCCACAAAAGCGAUUAGGAUUCAAACGUGGGGCUGCAGACAUUAAGCAGCAUCCUUUCUUCGAAAGCGUCAAUUGGGCCCUCAUCCGAAGCACUCAACCCCCAGAAAUCCCGAAGCCGGUCGAUUUUUCAUUCUUGAACCACCCGUUCAAGUCGGCAGUGCCUCAGAACGACAAGGUGGCAACGGACUCGGACAGGUCCUCUGGUCCUUACUUAGAUUUCGAGUUCUUCUGAUAAUUUAUGGAGGGGAGACUGAGUAGCGGUAGCAUCACUUAGGAAGGGGUUGGGGGGAUUAGUGACAUUUAUGUUGUGCAAUCGUGAUCCUAAAAUGAAAUUUAAUCAUCUCUUUGCAUCACUUUCUGCUUUUUCCUAUACCAACUCGAAUUGCAUUAUGCGCAUAAAACACUACUCCCUUUUUGCUGCACUUUUAAAGAGCUGAAGAUAGGACAAAUGAGGCAUCUUUUGCUGCUUCCUUUAUCUUUAGCGGCUGGAAAAAGGGUUUACAAGGUGAGAGUGAGAUUCGGACAAAUGCAUUUCGUUGCACACGCCAUGCCCCUUUCUUCAAGCGGUCCUCUUUGCUCUGUCAGAAAAUCAAGAUUGGCCCUAGUGGCCCUCUUCCUACUUUUAUAUGAAGACUAGUCUCUCAACUUUCUGGAAAAAGACUAUUCUUGCUUACAAAGGAAAAAGGGGGGGAUUCCAGCUUAAGACAAGUCAUGGAAAAAGGGUCUUUAGACAGUGCUGAAUUUUGGUUUUAUCUAGCAAUGAGGGAUCGUGGUCCCCCGAUGAUUGGCCUUUGUUAGUAGUCUUCUCUGGUCCCAUCCUUGUGGUAUGUUCUGUAGGCUUAGUGUUGAGACAGUUCCCAAGCUGUGCUUUAUUCUUCUGUACCAAUCGCGGGCUUUUCUCGAAAGAAAACGACACUCCAUUCUGUUCA